CCUCUACAUGUACUAGGCUGCGUACACGUAUGGACCCGACUCAAUGUGUCACAGCCCACUUUCUUAUGCCCACCUAGUGCUGCCGACCUUGUCAAUGAAGCAAUUCCUAAAGCUUUACCUCCGUUUUUUAAUUUUCUCUUCGACAUUUCCACUUCAUUCGCCAAUAUUGCGCCCAGUCGCAUAUUUACAUUAACGCUGUCUUGAAGCUCUCGAUUGUCCUUGCCACAACUGCUGGCAGAGAGCUAUCUCUCAUUACGCAGUUUCCUUCCACGCCACCUUUUUCUAGCCCCGCCGAGCGUAGUAGGAACCCUCGACCACACUUUUUUUUAAACUCUUCGGCCUGGGAGGAAGAUUUGGCAUUGAUUUGGGAAGUCGCCAGCCGAAACGACUUAGACUAUUGUCUCUAAUAAUAUCCACGAGCAAUCAUGAGCUACGAUUCCGAAAUCCAUUCGCCGAAUGACAUGAUGGUCGACACGCAAGACGAGAUGGUCGUCCAACCGGCCCUAAGUGAGAAGGAUCAGAUAACCGAAAUCAAUCCAGAGCAGCUAGAUGCCGAUGCCGAGAACCUCGAGAAUGUUGUCCUAGCUACCGAUCACGAGGCUAUGAAGGAGAUGGUGCUCCCUCCCCUCUUAGAUGAGCCCAAGGUUCUAGAAGAUGUCGUCAAUACAUGGACCGUAGAAAAUUGGCGAACCUUACCAAAGAAAGAACAUGGACCGGUAUUCGAGGCUGGCGGGUUUCCAUGGCGAAUUCUUCUUUUCCCAUUUGGAAAUAAUGUUGACCAAUCCUCUAUAUAUCUUGAGCAUGGCUUCCAAGAUACAAACAGCAUACCUGAUGAUUGGAGCUGUUGUGUACAGUUUGGUCUGGUCAUGUGGAAUAUUAAUGACCCAUCUCUCUUCUAUCAUCAUACCGCCCACCACCGUUUUACCAAAGAAGAAAGCGACUGGGGUUUCACGCGGUUCCUCGAGCUAAGAAAGAUGUUCCAGCAGGGGUGGGAUAAUUCAGGUCGCCCGCUGGUUGAGAACGAGUCAGUCCAUAUUACCGCAUACGUUCGUAUAGUUGAAGACGAAACUGGCGUGUUAUGGCAUAACUUCAACAACUAUGAUUCGAAGAAAGAAACCGGCUAUGUCGGCCUCAAGAACCAGGGUGCCACAUGCUACCUUAACUCCCUACUACAGUCAUUAUACUUUACCAAUGCCUUCCGAAAGGCUGUUUACGAAAUUCCAACCGCCGAAGAUGAGAGCAUAACUAACAGCGCCUAUACCCUCCAGAGACUGUUUUAUCAACUCCAAAUAUCCAAUACUGCUGUGGGCACCAAUGAGCUCACCAAGUCUUUCGGCUGGGAUACGCGUCAUAUCUUCGAGCAGCAAGAUGUACAGGAGUUGUCCCGUAAGCUAAUUGAACGCAUGGAGGAGCGGAUGAAGGGUACCGCAGCCGAAGAUGCCCUUCCGCGUAUGCUAAGUGGUAAGGUCAAAACGUAUGUUUCCUGCAUUGACGUCGAGUACGAGUCUAGCCGAGUUGAGGAUUUCUGGGACAUUCAACUCAACGUCCGAGGGAUUCCAAACCUCGAGGGUAGCUUUAAGGACUAUAUUCAACAAGAGACGCUCGAUGGCGACAACAAGUACUGGGCAGGCGAUGAGUUCAAGUAUCAAGAUGCUCGCAAGGGUGUAAUCUUCAAGAGUUUCCCCGAAGUUCUGCAUCUUCACUUGAAGAGAUUCGAGUACGACAUUCAGCGCGAUACGAUGAUGAAGAUCAACGAUCGCUUCGAAUUCCCCGAGGUCCUUGACCUAACACCCUACCUUGACCAAGACGCAGACAAGUCGGAGCCGUGGAUCUAUAAGUUGCAUGGUGUUCUGGUGCACAGUGGAGACCUCAAUGCUGGACAUUACUAUGCGUAUCUCAAGCCUAACAAAGAUGGCUGGUUUUACAAAUUUGAUGAUGAUAAGGUCACGAAGGCAACUAUGAGAGAAACACUGGAGGAUAACUUUGGUGGCGAGUACCCUGCCUCGCUCGUACAAUCUCGCGCAGGCAUUCAGAAGAAGACGCCGAUCAUGCGCCAAAUGAGCGCGUACAUGUUAGUGUACAUCCGAGAGUCUCGUCUAGACCAAGUCUUGACGCCCGUCGAGAAAGAGGACUGCCCUCCACAUCUCCAGAAACGCUUGGAUGAAGAAGCCGCGGCACGAGAAGCAAAGCGGAGAGAACGUGAGGAGCAGCAUCUAUACCUCCCUGUUAAGGUCAUCACGGAAGAAACAUUCAAGCAUCAUGGGUCGACGGACCUUACGAAUUUCGACUCUAACCCUACUGAAGAUCCCGCGGCGCCCAAGUUCUACCGUACCAAGAAGCAAACUACCAUCGAAGAGCUAGUAGCGAUAAUUGCUCAGGACUUGAAACUAGACCCCAAAAGAGUGCGCUUGUGGAUUAUGGUAAAUCGUCAGAACAAGACCACUCGACCUGACCAGCCAAUUAUGGACCUGAGACCAACAAUAGAGGACACCUACUCACGGAUGGCCACUACGACUAGAGAUUUUGCAUUGAGGGUCUGGGCUGAGGUUGCAGAGGAGGUCGACGCCGAUGGAGAGGCUAUUUGGCCCACGUAUCAGAGCAAUGCUAACGGUGUCAUUGUCAAGAAUGACUUGAUCCUUCUUUUCUUAAAGCAUUUCGAUGCUGAAAGGCAGGUUCUCGAAGGUGUGGGUCAUAUUUACGUCAGCAAAGAGAAAAAGGUCGAGGAGUUAGUUCCUGUGAUCGCGAAGAGAAUGGGUUGGGGAGAAAAGCUGCCUUCGGGAGAACAACUAGCGAUGUGGGAGGAGAUCAAGCCGGCUAUGAUCGAGGCUCUCAAGGCGAAACAAUCGUUGAAAGCAGCCGAGUUACAGGACGGCGAUAUCAUAUGUUUCCAGAAAGUCCUCGAGAGAAAGUCGGCCGAAAUACUGGGGAAACUUCCACGUUUAGGGGAUAAAAACUCUGAGGAAACUACGCGGCGAUGGGAUCGAUACGACGACGCCAAAUCCUUCUAUGAUUUUCUCUGCAACAAGAAAGAAAUCCGCUUCGACCCACAUCCCCGCUGCGAAAAGGCGAAUUAUCAAAGCUUUAUCCUUACCCUCAGCAUAAAGAUUAGCUAUGAUCAACUUUCGGAGAGGGUCGGUGAGCAGUUAGGGGUUGACCCCACCCAUCUCCGCUUCUUCACAGCCAACGCUUCGACGGGAAGCCCCAGGACAGCAGUAAGAAGAGCCGUCAACCAAACCCUCGGCGCAAUACUCAAUCCGAAUGGAUAUACCCAGCAAAGCAUGCAAACCAAGCCUAAUUCGUUUUUCUUUGAAGUCUUAGAUAUGAGCCUUGCAGAGCUAGACACCAAGAAGAGCGUCAAGGUGACAUGGUUGAGCGAAGGCAUCACAAAAGCAGAAACCUUCGACGUCUUGGUGAAUAAACAAGGACAUAUUGAAGAUCUGGUCCAGGCGUUUGUAAAGAAAGCGCAGCUCAAGGAUGAGAGUGAAGGCGGCCGAAUUAGGGUCUACGAAAUUCAUCAUCAUAAGUAUUUCCGAGACCUGACACCUAACUAUCCGGUUAUCAGCAUAAACGACUACGCAGAUGUUAUUGCAGAGCGAAUUCCGGAGGAAGAGGUGGACGCCCAUGACAAUGAUCUCAUCAAGGUUAUUCAUUUCCAGAAUGACACCAGUCGCGCACACGGAAUCCCAUUCAAGUUCCUUCUCAAAGAGGGCGAGCCAUUCUCAGAAACAAAGAAGCGACUGGAGAACCGGUCAGGCAUCAAGGGCAAGGCCUUCGAAAAGAUCAAGUUCGCAAUAGUACGAAAAUUCCAGAAGCCGAGCUAUAUUAAUGACGACGAUGUGCUUUUCGAUGAGGGGGGCACGAUAGAAGAUGACGUCAUGCUUGGAUUGGAUCACCUGGAUCGUACGAGAACGACGCGAAACGGGGGAGAAAUGUUCCUCAAGUAGGCAUCUACAUACAUAGGUAGCUGAUUCUUCGGAUACAUUCGCUCCCAUGGGCUCCUAGAAAUCCUCGGGGGUUUCAAUCGUACAGCAAGGGCAUGAACUCAUCAGCGAUAUCGGCUGAUGGUCAAUUGCCUCUGGAUGGGUUGUGCCUUUUGUAUUAAGUGAUUAUUGGCUUUCUCCGGCAAUUUUGCCUAUUCCCCUUAGACGUAGGUACCUACAGGUGAUUCUUAAACACGCAGGGGGGGCGGCAAGGCAACGGGAAACAAUCAGGGGCUAGGAAGUCGAUGGAAACGCCCUGAUGCAGUAUCGUUAAUGGGGACGAAGCAUUGCGGAAGGCGUACAUGCGGAAAUGUACCCAUGGCGAUUGGUCAGGGAUUUCUUGGGCGAGUUAAGGCGUCUCUUCGUUGAGCAAAGCAGUUGUGGAACUGACUACGAACUUGUCCUAUGCAUAACAUCAUGGAGCUAGAUGUUGAUGACCCCAGGGUCGGGCAACGUGAGCUUGUUUAUGAAUAUAUCGAGUUCUUUCUUCUGUUACAGCGUACGUGUGAUUGAAACUACGCACUCAUUGGGUGGUUGGAAGAAGGAUUACCUAAUCACGGGAACAACAUAAGGAGUUCAUGUACUGACUUUUUUCAUCCACUCAAGAUCACCACCACUACAUAAUCUCAACGAGACGGAUAUCGCAUUCCCGCGA